AUGGACUGGGACCCUGCCUUGGCGGAAGGGCCGCCGCCGCGGCACGAGCUCGAGUCGGACGAGGACGAGGCGUCGCCUGUGCAGAGCGUCGAGGUGUGCAUUGUUCCCGAGCAUGUCGAAAAAGGGCGGCCGCUCGUCGUGCUGUUGGGCGACGCGGGCGCCGCGCUGCUGAACAGUGCGCACGCGCCGUCCGCCGCGUGGCCUGCGACGCACACCGUGCAGGUCAGCGGCGUAGAGCGUGCGUGGGUUUCUCUCUCUGGAAAUAGUGCCCUGCUCUUUGUACCCCGGCCAGACUGGCUGCGGAGCGACGCGUGUGCGCCGCUCGCACAGGCCGUGCUCGGCGCGCUGCAGCCGACGAGCGUCGCGGUCGUGCAAGCGUACACGCCGAGUCUCUACCUCACGGACGUGCCGCCGGUCGACGCGCCGCUGCGCUUCCUCGCGCACGUCCCGGCCGGGGAGAAAGCACCCGAGGCAUGGACCAUGGCCCAGCGGCCGAUGUACGCGCCGUGGGGUGUGCCGAACACCGUGAGUGGCGCCGCGGCCGCAUUCUACGCAGAAGGCGUGUACGAGCGUCUGCCUGCGCUGCUGCUGAGCAUCCCGUCGUACAAGCUGCGGCCGCACGCCAACUUCCAGGCGCCGCCCCUGCGCUGGGCCGUGCCUUACGAGCUGCAGCGCAUCACGAACGACGAGGCGCAUGCGCGCCUCGCGACGCUCACCGAGCCGCUCGACGAGCGGUACGCCGAGGUGCUCCGUGCGCUGCUCCCCCCCCCGCGUCCGGCAUCCGGCACGACGCUGGGGCAGAUUGCUGCGCAGUUCCUCCUCGCGUCCAAGUCGACCGGCGACGCGGGGCAGGUCGGCGACGGGGGCAUGUACGUAUAG